AUGCAGCCGUCCCACGACCCCCAGGCUGACUCCGAUCGCCCGGGAACUCCACCGCGCCCGCCUUAUUCCCCGGUGACUCCAGUUCUCGCCCACCUCGCCCCCGUCCCCAACGGCGGCGCGCCAGCACAUCCCAUCGUGCCCCCCGCCAGCUCCCCCUCGCCCACCACGAGAGUCGCCUCGUCCUUCAGUACGGCCACCCCAUCCGACUUUCCUGGCCCCAUGUCCAUGGCCCCGCCACCGCCCGCCGCCAUCGUAGCGUCCGAGCCGCCGCCCGUCCCGAUCUCCGAGAGCGAGAACCCCGAUGCCAUCGCUCUGCGCUCCGCCCUCUCCAUCCUCCAGCUCCAGAAGCAGCAGAGCCUGCGCGACAUCCGCACCCUGGAGCGGCUGAAGAAAGCCGCCGCCGCCGACCCCGAGGGCUUUGCGCGCGAACUGGCCGCCGGGAAUCUCUCCGCCAAGGAUCCGGGCGGAUUUGUGAAUUUCACACAUAACGAGGAGGAUGACAGGGACGGCGAGGAUGAGAGUCGUCGGGGAACCGCUAGAUCGAAUGCAUGA